GCUAGCUGAACCAUUACAGUACAUUAUAUGUGUAGCAUACAUACAUAAGAAUUAAGAAAGCGAUAUGGAAUACGAGGUUGUGAGUUUGUUGGCAUUAACCAUUUUGAUUUUGGUCUGGAGAAUGUUAAUGGACCGUCGGAGGCAGCAUGGUAAGCUUCCACCAGGACCAAGAUGUUGGCCAGUGGUGGGCAACAUUUUCCAACUAGCAGGGUGGUUGCCACACGAGUCCUUGGCAAAACUGGCUCAUAAACAUGGUCCAAUCAUGACCCUUUGGCUUGGCUCUAUGUGCACGGUGGUUAUCUCAUCCAGCCAAGUGGCUCGUCACAUGUUCAAAAACCAUGACGUGAUUCUUGCUGGAAGGAAGAUUUACGAGGCCAUGAGAGGAGACCAUGGCAGUGAGGGCUCCCUGAUAACAUCUCAAUACAACUCACACUGGCGCAUGCUCAAGCGCUUGUGCACCACUGAGUUGUUUGUUACCACUCGCUUAGACGCCAUGCAGGGUGUGCGUGCAAAAUGCAUACACCGCAUGCUGCACUUGAUACAACAAGCUGGUCAAUCUGGCACUUGUGCUGUUGAUGUUGGCAGGUUCUUUUUCUUGAUGGAUUUUAACCUUAUUGGGAACCUCAUAUUCUCAAAGGACUUGUUGGACUCUGAAAUGGAGAGAGGGGAUUGUUUUUAUUACCAUGCACUCAAGGUUAUGGAGUAUGCUGGGAAGCCAAAUGUGGCAGAUUUCUUGCCAAUUCUAAAGGGGCUUGACCCUCAGGGUAUAAGGAGGAACACACAAUUCCAUGUUAACCAAGCCUUUGAAAUAGCCGGGUUGUUCAUCAAAGAAAGGAUGGAAAAUGGCUGCAGUGAAACUGGAUCAAAGGAAACCAAAGACUACUUGGAUGUCCUCUUGAACUUUCGUGGGGAUGGUGUCACCGAGCCCUAUACUUUUUCUUCAAGAACUAUAAACGUCAUUGUCUUUGAAAUGUUCACUGCAGGGACAGACACGACAACAAGCACAAUUGAAUGGGCAAUGGCAGAACUUCUGCACAACCCAAAAGCACUAAAGAAAGUGCAGAUGGAAUUAAGGAGUAAAAUAGGACCAGAUAGGAAUAUGGAAGAAAAGGACAUAGAGAAUCUUCCCUACCUCCAAGCAGUCAUCAAGGAGACACUGAGACUUCACCCACCUCUUCCUUUUUUGGUUCCUCAUAUGGCCAUGGACUCUUGCAACAUGCUUGGGUACAAUAUUCCCCAAGGGUCGCAAAUUUUAGUGAAUGUUUGGGCAAUUGGGAGGGACCCCAAAGUGUGGGAUGCUCCCUUAUUGUUUUGGCCUGAAAGGUUUUUGAAGCCAAACACAAUGGAUUACAAAGGACACCAUUUUGAGUUCAUUCCCUUUGGUUCAGGUCGAAGAAUGUGCCCAGCGAUGCCACUUGCCUCUCGUGUGCUUCCCCUGGCAAUAGGCUCGCUCUUGCACUCCUUUGAUUGGGUCUUGCCAGAUGGCCUCAAACCAGAGGAAAUGGACAUGACAGAGGGAAUGGGAAUAACACUAAGAAAAGCUGUUCCUUUGAAAGUCAUACCAGUGCCUUACAAAGAACCGGCUGCAAAUGAAUAAAAUUAUUAUGGCAUCAAAGCAUUCACCAAAAGUUAACAAAGAAUAAUGUACAGAUGGUUUACCCCCAUCAAAGACUAGUGUUUGCAAAUACUAAUGUCUGAAUAGAAGAAUGCCAUAAAGAACAUGGUUUGAGUGGCAUUCUAAUGUCUGAUUAGAUGUAAUCAAUGUAUAUGUGAUGAUGCACACAGACUACACAUGUAUCUUUCAUGCAUUCCAAGUAUGCUCCUUCACUGUUUCUAGCUCAAAAGUCUUAAAAAAUAUUGACUGUCACCUUAAGAUAUCCUUCCUACAUACCAAAAUAAGCUUGAGUGCUAACAGAUAUACCAA